AUGAAUGUAAAUAAAUUUGUGUCUAAGAUACGAUAUGGUAAAUUCUCCAAUUAUCAAAAUAUAGCGAGAGGGAGUAUAUCAGGUAAGUAUAUCCUAAGAAAUAAUAUUAAGGGUAAUAUAAGUCGCACACAAAUUAGACAGAUAUCCCGAAAUACCGGACCAUCCUAUCUGUCUCCAUUUAAAUUCCAUUUCCAAUCCCAUUUCGGCUUUAUAGGAAUAGGAAUAGGUAUUGGAACAGGGGUAAUAGCCUACUACACAAACUUACAAUUAAAUCAGAAUAAGCUUAUCUCAAAUGAUAUCCAUGCAAUUGAUACUAGUGUUCAUGAAUUAGCACCAGAAAGUGGAACUGAGACUUAUGAACUGGGAUUGUUUCUAGCAUCUCAGAAAGAAGAGAAAGACCAGUAUGAACAACGAAGAAAAGAGUUAACUCAAAGAACAUGUGGUUGGAUAUAUCACAUAUGCUUUGCCAUUAAUGAUUAUAUAAUUGAUCCUAUUAUCACAUUUUCAAGAUUCAUUGAACUAUCAAUUAUAUUUCUACCAGUAUUAAUUAGUUCACCAAUUUGCUACUUUGGUCGUAGAGAUCGAAAUCUGAGUGAACAUAUGAGAUCUGGAGCUAAAUUAUGGUUUUGGUAUUUAAGAUGGUCAGCUGAAAUUGCGGGAGCUUCAUUCAUUAAGCUUGGUCAAUGGGCUGCUUCAAGAACUGAUAUUUUUCCUAAAGCUAUGUGUGAUGAAUUAGGUAAUUUACAUUCUAAUGCCAAAGCUCAUUCUCUUCAUCAAACUAAAAAGAUUGUUAGUCAGAGUUUUGAAGGUUUACCAUUUGAAGAAAUAUUUGAUGAAUUUAAUGAAACACCAUUGGGAGUAGGUGCUAUUGCACAGGUUUAUAUUGGGAAAUUAUCGCCAAAGGCGAUCGGACAAGCUAAAAAGGGGAAAGAUAUUGAAAUAAAAUUGAUAGAACAAGAAAGAGAAAAGAAGGAUUUACCUAAUCAUGAUAUUCUGCAUCCCUUUUUGGAGAAGAUAUUAGUUACUGAACAUAAUGAUCCAUUAACUUCUAAUCAAUAUGUGGCUAUUAAAGUUUUACAUCCAAAUGUUGAAAUUAAAAUUAGACGAGAUUUAAAAAUCAUGAAAUUCUUUGCAGAAUUAAUUAAUGUAAUUCCUACUAUGGAAUGGUUAUCAUUACCUGAUGAAGUUGAACAAUUUUCAAUAUUAAUGAAAUUACAAUUAGAUUUACGAAUUGAAGCAAUGAAUUUAGUUAAAUUCAGAUAUAAUUUCCAUAAUCGAUUAGAUAUUCAUUUCCCUAAACCAUACUUAAAUUUUACAACUCGAAGUGUAUUAGUUGAAGAAUUUAUUCAUGCAAUUCCUAUGAGUAAAUUAUUAUCAUUAGAUGAUAAUUUUGGGAAGAAUUUAUCUAAAGAAGUUAGUGAUAAAGGUUUAGAUGCAUUUUUAAAGAUGUUAAUUCUUGAUAACUUUGUUCAUGCCGAUUUACAUCCUGGGAAUAUGAUGGUAAGAUUUUAUAAAAAUGAAUUAUUUAAACAUGAGAAAGAAUAUAAAAUAGUUAAAUCAAGUAAUGAAAUGGAAACCAAUAGGAUUACCAAUGAAUUAUUACAAUUAGGAGAUGAUUCUCAAGCUUGGUGUUCUAAAUUAGCAAAAUUAUAUGAUGAAGGAUUUCAUGCUGAAAUUUGUUUUCUUGAUGUUGGAUUAGUAACUGAAUUAAAUCAUGAAGAUCGAGUUAAUUUUAUUGAUUUAUUCCGAGCAUUAUCUGAAUUUGAUGGUUAUAGAGCUGGGGAAUUAAUGAUUGAAAGAUCAAGAACUCCUGAAACGGCCAUUAAUAAAGAAAUAUUUGCGUUAAAAGUUGAAAGAUUAGUUGAUAGAAUGAAAGAAAGAACAUUUACAUUAGGUAAUAUAAGUAUAGGAGAUUUAUUAGAUCAAGUAUUAGGAAUGGUUAGAAAUCAUCAUGUUAGAAUGGAAGGAGAUUUUGUUACAGUUGUUGUUGCUAUAUUAUUAUUAGAAGGAUUAGGAAGACAAUUAGAUCCUGAAUUGGAUUUAUUUGCAAGUUCGUUACCUGUGUUAAGAAAAUUAGGAGUUCUGAAAGAAGGAAGAGAUAUUUUAAGAAAUGAGAAUUCAUUAAGUAUGGUCAAAGUAUGGCUAGCAUUAGAAGUUAGACAAUUCAUUAAUGCUUCUGUUCAAGAUAUUCAUUCAUUGGUAAAAUCGGAUAUGUUAAGUCCUAACAUAUGA